CAUCCUUGAGAAUCACAAGUGACAAUUUGAACAACUCCUACCUCGAAUAAGUUUUUGUUUAAUAGAAUAGAAAGAAAACUUACUUCAAGUACUAUCUAAUCUAUCUUAUAAACAGAGACCGUCCCUGUUCUAUUUCAUUUUCUUGCAAGUGUAGUUGGUUGGUUGGUUGGUUGGUCGACCAAUGGAGCCACAUUUCUCUCUCCCCCCUCUCUUCUUACUAAUUCUUAUGGCAUGCUGCUGCUGCUGCACAUCAUCAUCAUCAUCAUCUUCAUCUUCAUCUUCUUUAAGCAGAGCUGAUUUCCCAGAUGGUUUCGUGUUUGGAACCGCCUCUUCUGCUUACCAGUUUGAAGGUGCUGUUAACGAAGGAAACAAGGGACUUAGCAUUUGGGACACCUUCAUCAAACUUCCAGGCAGGAUUCUUGAUUUCAGCAAUGCCAAUACAGCAGUUGAUCAAUAUCAUCGCUUUGAGAGUGACACAGAGUUGAUGAAGGACCUGGGAAUGGAUGCGUACAGAUUCUCUAUAUCAUGGUCAAGAAUUUUUCCAAAUGGAACAGGAGAGCCAAACCCUCAAGGAAUAGCACACUAUAAUAAUUUUAUAAACGUUCUACUUGAGAAAGGGAUUGAGCCUUAUGCUACUCUGUAUCAUUGGGAUCUUCCACAAAUAUUGGAAGAUAGAUAUGAGGGGUGGAUAAGCAAACAAAUAAUAAAGGAUUUCGAGCAUUAUGCAAUGACAUGCUUUGAAGCAUUUGGAGACAGAGUGAAACAUUGGAUAACAUUCAACGAGCCUCAUGGUAUGGUGAUCCAAGGUUAUGACUUGGGUGUGCAGGCUCCGGGGAGAUGCUCCAUUCUCGGCAAAAUACUUUGCAAGAAAGGCAAAUCAUCCGUCGAGCCCUACAUUGCAGCCCACCACAUCCUUCUUUCCCACGCAGCUGCCUACACAACCUAUCAGACUCAUUUUAAGAAAAGUCAGGGCGGUGUGAUUGGGAUCGCCCUCGAUUCGAAAUGGUACGAGCCCCUCACGGACAGCGAAGAGGACAAGGACGCGGCUGCGAGAGCCAUAGACUUUUCCCUAGGAUGGUUCCUGGACCCGAUCCUGCUGGGGCAUUACCCCGUUUCCAUGCAGAAUCGGGUGGGGCAAAGGCUGCCAAAGUUCGGCGAGAAAGAGUGCAGAUCGUUGCUGGGGUCGAUAGACUUUGUGGGCAUAAAUCACUACACGAGCCUAUACGCGAGGAAUGACAGAUACGGAAUCAGAAAGUUUGUUCUUAGGGAUGCUGCAGCAGACUCCGGGGUAAUAACUUCAGCUUCCAGGCAUGGAAUUCCUAUUGGAGAAAGAGCCUCUUCUCCAUGGAUUCACAUUGUCCCGUGGGGCAUAAGGAAAGUAGCAAACUACGUGAAAGACAAGUAUGGAAAUCCACCCAUGAUGAUAACUGAAAAUGGCAUGGAUGAUCCAAACAAGGCUCAUAUAACCUUAGAGAUGGCUCUACAAGAUCACAAAAGGAUUAAAUUUCACUCCGACUAUCUUUCCAACGUAGCAGAUGCCAUAAGGGAAGACAAGUGUGACAUAAGGGGAUACUUCGUGUGGUCGUUGCUAGAUAACUGGGAAUGGAACAACGGAUACAACGUUCGAUUUGGACUAUAUUUUGUGGAUUACAACAAUAAUCUUACCAGGAACCCAAAAUCAUCUGUCCAAUGGUUUAAAUCCAUGUUGACCAAAUUAAAUGUUACAACAAAACAUACCAACUCCACUUAAUAUUAAUAUCUAUCAACCUAUCAACCUAGGCUUAUAUAGAUCAUACAUACAUACAUUACAUGCCCUCCCAAUUUUAUUUUUCUUAAUAUUCAUUAUUAAUUGUGACUAAUUAAAGAAAACUAAU